AUGGGAGGCGAGAGUUCCACCGGGUUUGCCCCGCCCGUCUCCUUCCGGCACCCAACUCCCUCUUUGCCCCUGUCUCCUCCCUGCCUCUCUGUCUCCUCGGCUCUGACAAGCCCUAAGGUGGUAACCCGGGUGCCUACUGCGGCUCUAAGGCUGCUUCCGUCACUCAUUCCCAAGCCAAGAGCGGCAGUGAAGGCUGCUGCUGAAGCAAAGGCUGCUGCUGCAGUGGAGAAGACGAGGCGUGGAGAUGUGGCAGUGGCUGUCCCACCCCAGCAGAAAGCUGUUGGGAGACGUGCAAGGCAGCAGCAGGGCAGGGAAGGUGCCCCCUCUCCCACCUCUCACCCCUCUUCCUUUCCAUCCUACCGUUUCCUUCCCUCUCCCCACCCCGCAGUUUCAGUGGAGAGCAUGGGAGCACUGCCGUCCAACAUGCUCUUCACAGAGGCAGUCAAGCUGCUAGACUGCUGCCCCCUCCUCUCCCUCUCCCUUUGCCUCAUCCCUCCCCCACCCCCCCUUCACCUCUCUGCCCCCCCACAGUCUCAGUGGAGAGCACGCCUGGGUCGCUGCUACAUCUGA